AUGGUGGGAGUGUGUGGGAGUGGAAGAUGCUUACCUCAUAAGGCUUGGGAGCAAAAUGAGAGAUUAAGAAACUGCAGUCCCAAUACCAUUGGUAAAUGUGCACAGAUUCUGAAAGCAGUGGUGUGGACCAGAGAAGCAUGGCUUCAGCCGAGGACAAGGGAAUCAGAAACAGCCUCAUCCACAGACCCCACCACAGACUCCAACAGCCUCCAGAGAGCAAUUGCCUGCCAGUCCUGGGGACCACACAAAGCACCGUGUUCUCCUCACGAUGCCUCCUCCACUUCUCUGGUUCACUCACCUCGCUGCUCCCUGUUGCUGGUACUGUUCCUUGACCUAACAGGAGCCUCUGAGCAGAGCAAUGGGAGUGAACAGCAGCAGGUGCUACAACCCGAGGGCCCAAUGCUGGUGGCAGAAGGUGACACCCUCUUACUGAGGUGUAUGGUGGUGAGCUCUUGCAUUGAUGAUAUGAUAAAAUGGGUCAAGGUGAACAGUCAGGACCAACAGGAAAUUUAUAACUUCAAACAUGGCAUUUUUCCUGGGGUGAUGCCUAUGAUCCAGAGGACAUUAGAGCCCCUGAACUGUGAUUAUUCCAUCUACAUCCACAAUGUCACUAAGGAGCAUGCUGGAACCUACCACUGCCUGUGUGAGUUCUCAGAAGAUAAGCUGGAUAAAGGCACCUCUGUGUUUGUGAAGGGAGCUGGAGACUCCAGGCUAGACCUCUGGAUUAUCCAACCCCAGGAGCUGGUGCUGGUGAUCGUUGGUGACACUGUCCUCCUAAACUGCACAGUGCUUGGAUAUGGUCCCCCUGGCCCCAUCAGGUGGUUCCGAGGGACUGGUCUGAGCCGAGAGGCCAUUUACAAUUUUGAAGGCAUCUCCCACCCCAAUGUCACAGCAGUGCGCGGCUCCAACAAUGACUUCAGUAUUCUUCUCCAUGGUGUCUCCAUUGAGGAUGCAGGCACCUACUACUGUGUAAAAUUUCAUAGGAAACCCAACAUUCAAUAUCUGUCUGGACAGGGCAGCAGGCUGAGAGUAAAAGGUGAGACAAGUUGCUUAGGAAGUAUCAGGGGCAGGUGACCCAUAAGGAAUUCUGACCAUGUCCCAGACAAGCAAGUUCUUCUCAGUCUCCAUGUCUUUACAUAAGUUCCUUCUAUCUAGAAUGUUUUCUCCUUUUCUCUGGAGAACCCCUACUCAUCCUUCAAGGCCCAGCACAAAUGACUCCUCCUUUGUGUAAUAUUUUCCUCUUCCAUACAGAGUUAACUUCUCCCCAUUCUGUUUUCCAACAAACAUUCAAGUUUUCAAGAAAUAUCUGUUUCAUGGCUGUUGAUUGCCUUGCAUGUAGUAAGUUCUGGAGACACAGUGAUGAAUCAGGCUUUGGCUGUACCCCAGAGAUGCUCAGGCAGAAGGCCUGACUACUUCUUUAUAGUUACAGGAUUUGACUUCUAGCCCCCACCAGGCAGAAACUACUUGGCUUCUCUCAGGAACCCAUGAUAUCAGCACAGGGCCUCAGAAAGUGGCAAGUGGCAGGACAGAAAGGCCUCCUGUCUGUGUUCACACCUGUGGUCCUGGGGCUGAAGACAGUGACCUUGGCUAUACUCCUACUGGCCCUGUCUGCCUGCCAGAGAAGUUCUGGAUGAGAAGACUUCUAGACCUCAGCCUCAGAAAGCUGUGCACAGAUUAGAAUGGACAAGAGGCAAGAGUAAAGUGUCAGCCUAUUUGUAGAUCCUCUUGAGAGAGGAGACCACUCCUCCAUAUGGAAUUGGGCAACUAUGAGUUAACUGUGUUAUUAGGCAACUAUGAGUUAAAUAGGUAACUAUGCUGUUUGUAGAAUGUACCUGAGCAGCCAUGACAACUUCUGUAAUCUGUCAUCAAAUCUGUUAGAGAGUCCUGCCAGAACUCUUUGUUUUCCCCCUUUCCACUGCUCUGCUUUGUGCAAAUCCUGCUUGCUAUAUUCCCAGGGAAACUCCAAUGGAAUUAAGCUUUGUAGAUGUAAAUAGAGGUAUAUAAGGAAGUGCAAACUUCUAUUUGAGGCUCUCAAGACUGACAGGAGUCACUUGUUGAGCUACUGACAUCAUUAAAAGCCAAUUUUUGCUCCUA